AUGGUCGAAAAUGAAAUUCACAAACAAGAACCUUAUUUGGAUCAAUUGGCUGAGAAAUUGUGUCGUGUCAUUCCCUCUCAUUAUCAGGAAUAUCAAUUAUUGUGUGAUUUAUUGAUGCAAAAUGGUUUGGAUUUGAUUGUGAAUUUAUUAUUGAAGGAUUAUACGGCGACAGAAAUAUGUGUGGGUUUAAAAAUUGCACAAUGUAAUGGUUGUAUGUUGAAAAAUAGUACCAACACUACUGCCACUUCGAUUAGUACUUCUUCCACCACUUCAACCACUACUACUACUUUUGGCAAUAACAUGAACUCAAAGAGGAUUCGAUCCAAAAUUAUGGAAAAUUCAUUAAAGAGCGAAUAUACCAUGUUCAAGUUGAGACAAGAAUUGGAAUCAUUGACAAGACAGAAUGAGAAAAUGAACAAUCAAGAUGGAAAUGGAUGGUGGAAGGUGUGGAAUGGAAGAAAUUUUUCAAAAUUAUUACCAAAAAUGGUGUUACAAAAAUUUAAUAAUGAUCCACAACGUAUGAUGGAAAAGAGAGCUCGUAUUAAACAUGCACUUCAAACGUGGGUGGUUGCUCUUGUCAUGGCACGUCGAAAAGAAAUGCAAAAAGAUCAGUCACCUUUCAAGAAAAAUGGAUUUUCAGAUUAUGUCACUCCUGUCAGUGAUGAUGAUAAAGAUUUCUUCCCUUCAAAUCACUUUUUGGUGAGAAAUGCAGAUUGGAGAGGAAUGGAUUGUGACGAUUCGAAUCCAAAUAUUAAGCCUGGAAUUUUUGAUUCCAAUCUCAAUAACAGAGACAUGAAUUGUAAUGGAAUUUAUGGAACUGAACCCAAAACAGGAAGGAGUUAUGAAAGUUUGUAUUGUAAUGCAACAGCAACAAGACAAGUCAUCAUGUUUGGUGAUUCUGCAUCAAGUGGUUUUCAUGUUCCUCCUGAAUAUUUAGAUGUUGAUAACAUGACCAAUGUUGGAUUUUUAUUGGAAGAUGAAUUUGAUUGGCCUCAAAAAUGUUGGUCCACAGGAUGGGAUAUUAAAAGUAUUGGAGAGGAUGGAUCGAUUUAUUUGAGAAUGAGACAACGUGAUUUAUGUAUGCAUAGACAAUAUCAAAAUGUUGGACACAAUGGAGGUAAAAUUGAGAACUUUGCUGGCUAUCAACUCGAUGGUCUCUCGAUGACACCUCAAUCCUUACCUUAUAUUGGAUUUUUAGCUUACAUUGGAAAUGAUGUGUGUAAAGACUCCCUUUCAGAAAUGACCACUCCUCAACAAUUCGAAGAACGUCUCAUGAAUGGAUUAACUCUUCUCGAUGCUCGUUCACCACCCAACAGCAAAUUAUUACUUAUAGGUUUAGUCGAUGGAAGACUUUUAUGGAAUGAAAUGCACAAGAGAAUUCAUCCUCUUGGAGUCACCUACGAAGGACUUUAUCACUUUUUGACAUGUUCAGGAGCAAAUCCAUGUCAAACUUGGCUCACUCCAGAUGAAGCCACUAGAAACGCCACUUCACAACGAGCUGCAGAGUUAUCUCAAGUCGCCAACAAAGUUGCACAAACUGUGAAAUUGAAAAAUAUUGAAUUGGGUUACAUGGAUUUCCCAUUACCUCAAAUGCUUGAAUAUUGCAAGCAACAUCAAAUUCCACCUUAUUUAUUAAUUGAACCAUUCGAUGGUUUUCACACGAGUAUUGAUUUUGCGGACAAGAUUGAAGCGAAAAUCAUUUGGGAUUGGUUGGUGGCCAACAAACCACAUUGGAUCGUCCCUGUGAAUGCUUUUAAUACUCAAAUUCAACAAGUAUUUGGAAAUCAAGGAGGUUUUUGA